AUGUUUGUUCUCAUCUGGAUCACUCUGCUUCUAUCUGUGAGAUGCAGCAUUGCUGAUGCAGAUGAAUACUGUCAUAAUGGAUCCUGUAUCACCAUUAGUGAAGCAAAUUUAACAGCAGAGGUUGGACUCUGUGUGGUUGUACCAUGUUCUUUUACAACCAAUCAUAGCUUCACUCCCGAAAGUCUAACUUGGUACAAAUUUCCAUCAGAGGAAAACAGAAAUGAUUCUCAAAUAAUCUUCAGCUCCAGCAGUACCAACCCAAAUGUUCAGACUGAGUAUAGGGGACGAGUUUCACUUUUGGAGCCUGAUCUGAAUAACAUGAGCUGCAGCAUCAUCAUCAAUGACCUCACCAAGUCAGACUCUGGAUCUUAUCAAGUCCGAGUUGAGGGUGAUCUGAGUGGAGCAACGAAAGAAUACACAUCAUCCACUAGAACGUUGAUCAUCGUCAAAGAUCUGAGUCAGAAGCCCUCAGUGAUGGUUCCUCCACUGACAGAAGGACAGCAGACCACACUGACCUGCACUGCUCCUGGUCUCUGCUCUGGAUCCGUUCCUACAAUCACCUGGAUGUGGAGAGGAAGAGGAGAGAAAGCCACUGAAAUAACAGGAAAUCUAACAGAGAGAAAAACUGAGAAUCUAACUGCUGUCACUCAGAGACACAGCUCAACUUUGACCUUUAAUGCUUCAGCUGAACACCACGGCACCCAGGUCACCUGUAAGGUCGGCUUUACAGGUGACACAGCUACAGAGGAGACAGUGACUCUGAAUGUGACCUAUGUGAAGCCCAGAAUCACCGGGAAGACGACUGUAACAGAAGGUGAUGCUCUCAAUCUGACCUGCAGUUUCCCGUCGUCUGCUAUCACAUGGACUAAACUCGGCUCAAACAAAACCUUAAACAACGGAACGGGAACGGCCACUCUAGUCAUACCUGAUGUGACAACAGAUCAUUCUGGAGAGUACAUCUGUACAGCGAAGCAUCUGAACAACACUCUAACAACUAAUGUUACAGUGGCAUUGCUUCCAAAAGUCCAAAAUACCUCUGGAUGUGAGGUUCACUCAGGGGUCCUGACCUGUGUGUGUAUCAGUAAGGGGUAUCCUUUACCCACCAUCAAAUGGCCGCUGUUGGAGAACAACACUGAUUAUUCUGUUAACACCACUGUGUUAAAUCACACGGUCAAAAGCACUGUCAUAUUUACUUUACAAGACCACAACAACACUGCUGUUGAGUGUGUCAGCAGCAAUAAAAAUGGAGAAGCAAAAAGGAACCUUGUCAUCUUAAAGAAAGAACAACAAGAGGGUCAAACCAUAGCAUGGCUAACAACUGUGACUCGGCUGGACAUCAUCAUUGCAUUUUUUAUUGGUGGACUUAUUUCAGCAACCUUCUGCUGUUUUGGGAUUAAAUGCCACAGGAAAAAACAGAGUACCCAUCGACCUCUGGAUGAGACUCUGGAGAUGGUGACCAGUCAAGAGGAUCAACUGAUACAUGCUGGUGAAGAAGUGGAAGAGGUGGCUGAAGAAGGGGCAGCAGGGAAAUCAGACGUGGAGUAUUCCCAUAUCAACGUAUCCCUGUUGAAAAGAAAUAAUGCAACAAAGGUGGGGAAUAACCAAGAGACCGCAGAGACAGAGUACGCUGAAGUAAAGAAAAAAAAAGUGCAUGUGGAGGUAGAUGGGGAGAGCAAAGGAAAUGAGGUAAUGAUAGAGGAGAAUGAAGACACAAACCAUAUACAAGAGGAGAAGGAAGGUGAAGAGGAGGCACUGUAUUCCAGUGUGAAAGAUAUCAUGGAUUAG